AUAGGAUUUUUAUGAAAUGAAUUAUCUGAAUAAAUGAGAAAAGUUAGUAGAGGUAAAGUUAAUGUCGUUAAUGAUUCGAAGAACUCAAGUAGUAGAAACAGGAUCCCCAAGGGUCAGCAGACUACAUUUAAAGAACUUAUGCAGAAAAACCUUUUGGUUUUCUAUUAUUUAUUUGUUUUAAUGUACUUGUUGGGUAUUAUCUCUUAGGUAAAUAUCAAUUUAUAUUUUUCUACAUCGAUAGUUUUACCGCCAAAUCAAGAAGAAGGUUAACUUUAAAUUGUCAAACAAAUUGUUCAAAUGAAUUCUCAAUUGAAUCCAUUUCAUAUUUAUUUUGGACAUUAUCCGUUAAAAGGUGAAUUUGUAUAGAAUGGAAAAUCUUUAUAAUCUUUUUCCUUGCCGAAAGGUGCAAAUAAAUAAAAUACAUCAGUUAUUGGGUGAGGAAUUCGAGCCAUUAACAGAUGUAAUAUUCAUAUCUGGUCAUCCUGCUGUGGGAAAGACUACUGUUAUUCAAGAAUAUCUCAAACAUUACAGAAUUAAUUAUGCUUUUAUUAACUGUGUGGAAUGCUAUUCGUAUAGACUGCUUCAUGAACAAAUACUUGUGCAGUUAACAGGAAAUAAAUUGAAAUGCGAUACUUUCAUGGAAUUAAUCCAUCAUUUAAAGUUAUUAGUUUCAAAAAAUAAUGAAAAGUUCAUAAUAGUAUUGGAUGGUGCUGAAUAUCUUGAAGAACUGAAUGCAAAUUAUUUUUCUGCUUUUUGUCGCCUUCAAGAAUUUGUAAACUGUACCAAUAUCUGUGUAAUUUUUUUAAGUAGCCUAUUACCAGAAAAAUUUAAUUUGCAUACUUCAGUUAUUACAAUUCAUUUCCCACAGUAUUCUAAAGAUGAGUUGUUGGAAAUCUUAAAACUCACAAAACCAGAAGACUGUAGUCAUACUUUUUAUGAAAAUUAUCUCAAUUCAGCUUUAAUGAUAUUUUUGAGAAUGACAAGGGAUUUAAAUGAAAUGAAAUUUCUGGUGUCUAAUAAUUUUGAAAAAUACUGCGAACCUGUCAAAAAAGGGUUGGUGAAUCAAGACGAUGUUACUUUACUAUGGCGAAAUAUUUUACCUCAUUUUAAAGAAUCAUUAAAAAGUAUUUAUUCAGGAUUGAGUACUCAAUCUAUUGAAAGGUAUUUGUAUGACCCGAAUAUAAAUGAAGUUAUUUGUACUAAAGUUUCCUCAGUUCUCGAUCUUCCAUAUUAUGCAAAAUAUUUCCUAAUAUCCGCAUAUCUGGCAUCAUAUAAUGCUCCUAAACAUGAUAGGCGGUUGUUUAUGAAAAAUCAUGGGAAACAGAGGAAAAGAUUGACUAAACAGCAAGUCAAGGAAAAAAUGACCCUUGAACUAUUAGGACCAAAAGCAUUUCCACUGGACCGUCUUCUAGCUAUAUUUUAUGCAAUAAUGGAGGAGAAAGCUAGUUUAACUGUUAAUCUUAUGACCCAGAUAUCUACAUUAGUGGAACUUAAGUUGCUUACAAGAAUAGGAGAAUCUAAUCUGGAAAGGCCUAAGUUUAAAUGUCUUGUAGGUUUGCAGUGUGUUGAUACUGUGGCCAGGACACUUGGUUUAAACAUUCAGAAGUAUUUAUUGGAUUGAGUCUACUGUGCAGUCAACGGAUUGGGAUUGUUUUUCAGUAUAUCUGAUAAUGAACUACUCAACCCAACUCCCGCCUCAAGACUCUUGCAUCACAUCGUUCCCUUUGGUAUUAUUUAUGCCACUAGUCCAAGUUUCAAGUUGAUCUCACUAUGAUUGCCAACAACUGUGGUCCUAAGUUAUCUUCAGCAAACCCGACUGGUAGUGGGUAGUGAUAAUGCCGAUACAAAGUGAUCAAGCUCACUUACAAGAAAUCAUUUCUGACUGCUGUAGAUUGGUGCUUUAAUAAACUGGUAUAAAUGAAUUAAUUUAAUUGUAUGCUCAAGUUAU